AUGGUUCGUAAAAUUCUUCGCUCUUUGGUUGGCUUUCAGGUGAUGUUUUCAUUAAGGCGUGAAAUGGGAGAAGUGGAAUUGAGGAGUGCAAUAUGGCAUAAAGCUGGAAAGGUGAUUGGCAAAGGUAUGGUCAAAGGGAUUGAGCUCGAGGAAGCAGGUCAAGUCAGUGAAACAGGAAGUAACAGAGAGGUAGAUAGAAAAGAUUGGCACAUAAAAGGAAGCAGGAACGCCGAGCAAACAGAUUUGUUUUCUGAUGAGGCCAAUACUCAGAUUAUGGAGUUGCUGGAUAUUGGAAAAGGUGGAACUAUGAGACUUUGGGGAAACUAUGAGAAGGUGAAGAUGUUUCUCGCUCUGGAGCUGUGUGGAAAGAUAAGAAGCAUGUGCACCACAAGGGUUGCUGACAUUUCAAAAGAUCACCUGCUCAAUUGGUGGAAAAACUUGAGAGCUUUUCAAAUUGCUGGUUUCAAAGUACAGUUCCUCUCAGAUCGGUUGGAGAGAGUUACCCGUGCUUGCUAUGGUAUUCAAGUUAAAGAAAACAAGAAGCUUAAGGAAAUAGACAAAGAGAUCACAAAGGUCUCUAAACAUAUUGAGGAAUUGAAAGCAAAACUAAUGACUGAAACAGCAAACUUGGAAGCACUUAGGAAGAAACGCAAGGUUGCAGAAUCCACAAGGCCAUGCAAUCCCAGCUUAGAAGCUAAGUGUGUGAAGGAGGCUUUAGUACUCAAGUGGAUGCUAGCCGGUGAUGGUUUGCCAUAA